GAGAAACUAAACCUGAAGCAUACUUUUUAAUACUGAACAGGCUUCAGCAAGGACAUUCUCAAGAUGGAAAUGUUUAACUGGAAAAAAACAAACUGCCAUAUUAUUCUGGCCCUGGCUUUAGUCAUCUGUGCCGAUGUUUUGCGAGGUGUGAACUGCCAAGAAAACACCAUUGCACAUGCUCACACUGAUGACAAACUUAAGACGAAUGUACGUGGAGAUGGCAUUCCACCAACACCAGAAGCAGCCAAACUCCAAGAAGUGAAUGACUUUCCCAUCCCUACUCAUUCUUCUUAUUUGGAUAAGAAUAGAGCUGAUCACAAAACAAUAGCAACACCAACCAUAUCCCAACCUAAGCGCACCAGUAAUGCAGUUUUCAAUUUAACUAAAACUAGUGCAGUGGUGUGUGUGGCUGAAGCUGCAGUAAGAGACAAAGAUGCAGUGAAGCUAAAGCUGAGUACCGUCUCCAGCUGCGAGGAGAACAAGGCAAAGAUUCAGAGCAUUCUGGAACAUCUGUGUGUUGACGGCAGCAAGCUUAAAAUUUAUCAGAAGGACCACACUAAAGAGAUGAUCCUAUCUGGAGAAUGUGUAGAAGCUGAUGUCAAAGGAAUGACUGAGAAGUUUGACAACGAUAAUAUCAAAGAUAAGGUUGGCAUUUUAGAGGCAGAGCCUGUCAUUGUGAAUGACUCUCAAACUGUCUUUAUCUCAAUCCUCAUUACUGGUCUUCUGCUGGCUGUUUUGCUCAUUGCUGCAUACAUACUGAAAACCCGUCACACAGAGGCCAAAGGAGCAUGUCUGGCUGAAGAGAUGUUCCAAGUGGAUGAACAGAACCAAGGCAAUACUCUGUUGUCUGUAGUCCCACUGCCACCCCAAGAACCAGUAGAGAAACACACCAGCAAUGGCGAGUCUUUAGAUUCACCUCCCACUAAUGGCCACUCAACUACCCAACCACCAGUUGCUGAUUCUGAGGUGUAAAAUCAGAUGGCAAAAAGAAUGAAGUAUUAACACCCACCUCAAUUUACAUAACCCCAUCCCCAAUAAAAAGUACCUCAAUGAAGGUAUAAGUAAUGUAGACUAUUAUAGAGAUACAUCGAAAAUUGCAAGGGCAAAAUAUAUAUACGGUGUAUGAAGUUAAAAGCGAUUAUGCCUCAACUUGUACUGUGAAAAGACUGACCACUGGGAAAACCAGCCAUUUCCUGAGCCAAAGAAAAGCUCAGAGUCCCAUGCUGACAAUGCUAGCAUAAAGACAUUUUUUUUUUAAAUAAUCUUGAAAAAAAAAAAUACUAUUACUUAAUUUGAUAUACCUUGACAUAUCUUUUAACCUCUUUUGUAGUAGCCUAUACUGCUGUAUUAGUAGCUUAUUUUAUUCAAGAAGUGUUUUACAAAUGGUUAAGCAGGAUCAUUUAAAAUGAUGUAUUUUAAGCUUUACAUACCCGUAGGUAAAUCAGAUCUUUUUAAGUGUAUUUGUUUUAUUAAUUUUUAAAGCAAAAACAUAUCAUGAUACAGUUCAUUUGCUGAAAGUGAAGUUCUUGAAUAAAUUAUGGUUUAUUAACUGAAGGGAUGUUUGUAAGGUUCUACACAAAAUCUCUUAAGUUUUCCUAAGGAAAUGUACAAUAACUUUAACACCUUAUGAAACCUUUUUUUGUUUGUUUUUUUGCUAAGGUGAAAGUUUGUAUUCCUGAGGACAACACAGCAUUGUCUAUGAGAAACAUUGUUUUUUUGUGUUCUUCUUUGUACAUUUCAGUUAUCAAGCUUUAUUUGCAUAUUUUGUGCUGCAAAAUGAAAGGAUGCCAUUUUGGGAAGCUGUUCAGACACUAAAUGAUGGUGGCAGUCCCUGAAAUGAAGACUAAUUCCUCAGUAGCUCAUGGCCAGCUGGCAUGAGUAUGAUUUAGUGAGGAAGGGGAUCAGCCAAUUCACUGCUUUUUAUAUAUGAUAGUUGCUUUUCCAGACCAUCUGUUAGAGUUUUCUGUAGUUGUAAAGGCUUAGAUUUUGUAAAAAUGCAAAUCCAUGCUUUGCUUAAACCAAAUAAAGCUAUUAUGAAAGGCAGACUUUAGCAAGCCAAGCAGUCAUGUACUUUGUUUCUUUUAUAAGCAAUUUAUUUUUGUACUUUACCUCUUUAGAUUGCCUUGCAUAAUUUUUAUGGAUGCUGCAUUAUGCAUUAACUUUUGCUAUGUGUCAUGGAGCAGGUGAUUUUACAAGUAUGACCUCUUUUGUGUGUGUGUGUGUGUGUGUGUGUGUGUGUGUGUGUGUGUGUGUGUGUGUGUGUGUGUUUGUGUGUGCAUACAAGACUAAACAUUAUUUUAGUUGGUAUCUUGGCCAGCACACCCUCAGUAAUACCGAUUUGCUGGCCAAAAGCCACAGCUGUGAUAUAAAGGACUCGCAGCAGAGGCAGCUGUUCUGACUAAAAACCAUUACAGAACAGCUCAGCUUUAUGCAUCCUGAUGCAAACCAUAAAUAAUGAAUUUCCUUUUUGUACAGCACUACCGGUGUCACUGACAUUAUUUGCUGACAAGUAACAAACACGAUUCUAGAACAAACACAAUAAUGGGGGAUGUUUCACUGCACUUUGGAUGCUUAAAGUGAAUUAGAAUUCUAUUCGCAUGCCAAAAGUGAAUCAAAAGAUGAUGUUCUCCAAUCAUUCUGGUUCCAUAGUGUAUGUGUGUGUGUGAGUGUGUGUGUGUCUUCAAUUAGUUUUUUUUAUUGUUUGUAUUAACAAUGUUUUAAUUAUCUACUUCAUUGAAUGCACAUUUUUCUCUUUAUGGAAUAAAAAAACAACAACACC